GGCUCUCCGUGUGUUAGUGCGGGGGAGAAAGAAAAAAAAAUCGAUGAUGCAGAUGCUCACGUUGGCACAGUGUGGAGGUCAAAGAGAAGCGUCAAAGGUUUUUCCAUUAGCAUCAGUUGGGCCAAGAUGGCGGCCAUCUUGACGUGGACGUCUUCACUGUUCUCUUGUCUCCGUUUCAAUACUGUCUUCGUCUUUCUUUUCUUAGCUCUCUGUAGAUCGUCCUUUUCGUCAAUUAAUAAUGAAGCCCCUUCUGAUGCGCCCUUGGAACCCGGUUUUCUGUUCUUCAAAUUGCUGCAGCAGUAUUCCAAAGUCAAAACGCAGUUGAUAUUGUGUCCUCUGUCUUCGUCUCUGAACUCCGAGGGGGCUGCCUCCCCGGACCGCGUCAAGGGUCCCGUGGCUACCGCAAGCUCCUCGGUUCUGAGCCAGUGCAAGACCGGUAGCACCAGCUUCGACUCGGUGCGCACGGACAGCCUGAUCCAGAGGAAAAUCAGCGGGGACGUCGCGGCCAAGUGCAAGAAGGGUGGGGAGAAUUUGGUGCGGUGCCUGGAAAAGGAUGCGUUCAUCAACAAGAUCCUGGGGAAUUUCGUGGAGGGGUUGAGGCCGGGGAUCGUCCGGAUGUGCUGCCUGCUGAGUGGGUGCGGGUUCGCCGCGGAUGGUGCGGGUGCUGGGCCCGGGGAGAAAGGGGAGAUUGGGAGCACCAACGCGUGCUUGGGAUGUCUGUCAUCGGACACGGACAAAGGAGGGUAUAGCUCAAAGAUCACUUCCUCCGCCGACCAAGGGUCUUUCCUCCAGUCGCUGUCCAAGAUGUUCUGCACGGACCUGAAAUAUAACAACAUGCCUUGCACGAAACUAAACCUGAUUGCCCUCAAUCUCAUGUCGGGACCGGCUGAACAUAAGAUCCUAGAAGGAUCCGCCGACAUUCUCAAACACUGCUACCCGGCGUUUGCUAGUGAAAGCCUGAGACUAUUCCAGAUGAUCGUGGGCAACCUUAGCGUCAACGACACUUCCAGGAUAAAGGCACUGCUGACGUCACCGGGUUCAGAGGUCAAAUCAUCAUCUAUCGUUCAGUUCCUCUCAGGAAACAGCGGAGUGACGAAACAGAGGAUGAGCGACCUGACAGCGAGAGCCAAGACCGGCCUGGUUGUCAUGGGGGUCCUAGUGACCAUCAGCAUCCUGCUGGGAGCGUGGGUCAUCUACCAGAGAGCGAGGUUGUACUUCCAUCCGAACGAGGCCGUGCGGUACUCGCAGAUCAGCAUCAAUGAUAUCUACAUCGACGAUCCCAACCGGGACGAGGAUGAGGACGAGGAUGAUGGCGACCCUGGGGAGGGGGUGCCCACCCCUUAUCGUCCUUGAUUUUUUUUUUGUAAUUUUUAUUAAUUUAUUCUUAUUUAUAUUAUUUUUUUUGGGGGGGGGGGCAAACGAAAUUCGGAAUUGGAAUUUGUUAAUUCAGGACCAGGCUAUUAUAUUGUUUUGUUUGUAUGUUUCAAGGGUUUUUUUGAAAACAAAACCUAUUGCCACGAUAGAAGUGACUUUGCGACUGGUUUCCGGCCUUUCUGGCUAAUAACGUGUGAGGGACGGGAACCAGUCUCUAUGGCUUUGUGGUACAUUUGGUGUUGGUAAGAAAGUGUUCCUGACACAUUUUCAGCAGUUACGGUAAGUGAUGAAAAGGAAUGUUAUCAAGAUGCCAAUUCCAUGAGAUUCUAAAAUACACAUUAAGAAAACAAAGAUAUUCUUGCCAUUAUUUUCAUCAAGAAAAAAGUGUACAAAUUUAGUAGGCCUAUGUGCACAACGGCUAUACCUAGUUCUACGGCGCUCUAGCUCUACAACCCAUCUGCAAAUUACUUUGAAUUUGGAAGAUAAGAUUUUUCUCUUUAUUUUAUGGGACUCAUAGGAAGGAGUCACGGCUCGAGAUGGUUAAUUUGAAAAUUGUUGGGUUCUAAAUUUGUUUUGUAAAUUCAUCAAAAAUUAGGAUUUUUUUUUAACAAAGCGACUUUAAGCUUGCCUUGCACUGUAUUGAGCUGCUUAACGUAUUAAUGUGUAUGCUUUAUUCACGAAUCGGCCAUAUUAAAUUAUUGAAAGCGAGGUAAAAUCAUCGUUUUUGGAACUUGCGAAGAGAAAUGAGAGCAAUGAAAUACAGUUAAUUACUAAUUAACACCAAUCUGCUCUGAUGAAUAAUUAAAACUUUGUGAUUAAACAAACCCUACUGUUUUAAGCCACAUUUGAAAAAAAAAAUUGAAAGUGAGGCUACAAUGCAUAAAUAGUCUGGCACCAUGCAUCCCAUUCAACAGUUCACAAUUUAUCAAAUACGUUCAGGGAACACGACCAAAAAUGGCUUCUUCGUGAACAAGGUCCAUAGGCCUACAUUAGAAACAUUCCGCGAACGUAACUUAUCGUGUGUGCAAAUAACUGAUUUUAGUAAUAUCGAUCUAUGUACGUUGCGUAUAGGCCCAGGGCGCCCUCUAUCAAUAUUGUACUGUUUUGCAUUAUUUUGUGAUUCGUGUAAGGAUAUAGGGCGACCUCUAUUAGAAAUGUGUAUUGUCCGAUUUGUAAAUAUUGUGCGACAUUUAGAAAUAUCAGUAAAGAGUAUUAAACAGAUUGGAAACAAGAGGAAAUCA